AUGGCAUCCUCAUCGUCAACUUUUCCAACUCCAUCAAUGGUGUAUUCAUCAUCAACUUUUCCAACUCCACCCUCUUCUCAGUCAUGGAAUUAUGAUGUAUUUCUUAGUUUUAGAGGAGAAGAUACCAGAAAGACUUUUGUGGAUCAUCUCUACUCGGCUCUUGUACAACAAGGAAUCUAUGCUUAUAAGGAUGACGAAACACUACCCCGGGGCGAAUCGAUCGGUCCAACCCUUAUGAAAGCAAUAGAAGAAUCACAGAUUGCUGUCAUUAUAUUUUCUAAAAAUUAUGCAAAUUCGUCGUGGUGCUUGGAUGAAGUUUCAUAUAUUAUGAAAUGCAAGGAUACAAGAGGGCAAACUGUUAUGCCCAUAUUUUAUGAUGUGAAUCCCUCUCAAGUACGAAAAUAUAAACGCAAAUAUAAGGAAGCGUUUUCCAAACAUGAGUUUGAGCACAACAGGGUUGAAGCUUGGAGAAAAGCACUUGUGGAUGCAAGUAAACUUUCCGGAUGGGAACCCAAGCACAUCGCUAAUGGGCAUGAAUCAAAAGGCAUCAAACAAAUUGUUGAUGAAAUUUCAUCCAAGUUGCAUUUCGUAACUUCAAGUGAAAAUGAGAACCUUAUCGGAAUAGUGGCUCGCAUGCAACGUUUGAGCUUAGAGUUACAAAUUGGUUCAAAUGAUGUGCGUAUGAUUGGAAUAUGGGGGGUUGGGGGUGGUGGUAAAACUACUCUUGCAACUUCUAUUUACGAUCAAAUUUGUUGCAAGUUUGAUGGUUGUUGCUUUGUUGAAAAUAUUCGAGAAGAAUCAAGCAGAUAUGGUUUGCGGAAAUUGCAAGAAAAAAUGAUUUCAGAAAUGGAAUCAAAUCGAGUUGGAGGAGGAAGACGCUUAAUAAGUCACAGAUUUCGCCAUCGAAAAGUCUUGAUUGUUCUUGAUGACGUUGAUUGCCUUGAACAACUAAAAGCGUUAGUUGGAUCACAUGAUUGGUUCGGUGAAGGAAGCCGAAUUAUAAUCACAACUAGAGAUGAGCAUGUAUUGAAUGCACACAAAGUAGAUGUAACUCACAAUAUUAGCUUGUUAACUGAUGAUGAAGCUAUUAAGCUCUUGCGCAAACAUGCACCGCGGAAUUAUAGACCCGUGAAAGAUUAUGAACAACUUUCAAAAGAGGUGGUCUCAUAUGCUGGUGGUCUCCCGUUAGCAGUUACAAUUCUCAGUUCUUUUCUGUGUGACAAAAAUAUUCAUGAGUGGAGAAGUGCUUUAGCCAGAUUGAAAGAGAUCCCAAAUUAUGAUAUUCUGGAAAAGCUAAAAGUCAGCUUUGAUGGUCUUGCACCGAUUGAGAAAGAGUUGUUCCUUGAUAUUGCAUGUUUUUUUAGGUGGCAAAAGAAAGAUAAGGCAAUGGAGAUACUUGAUGCAUGUGGUGUUCAUCCUGUUAUAGGAGUGAAGGUGUUGAUACAAAAGGCUCUCAUAUCUAUUUCAGAAGAUGGAAUGUUUGAUAUGCAUGAUCUGGUGCAAGAAAUGGGACACUACAUUGUUAGAGGGGAACACCCUAAGAAUCCUGAAAAACAUACUAGAGUUUGGAAGAAGGAAGAUGUUCUUAAUAUAUGUGCUAUGGAUGCAAUGACACUAAUGGAAAAUGACAAGAUUGAAGCAAUAACAUUUAAUUAUGAUCGCUUGCCAGAAAAAGAACAAGAUCUUCCUCUGAUUGCUACAAGCAUGAAGAACCUUCGGUAUAUUGAAUCCAGAGUUAAACAGGCAAAUCCAUUGUUUAAUAACUUUCCACCAAAGGAUCUUUGUUGUCUUAUAUUGCACGAGGGCUUGCAAAAAAAACUUUGGGAGGGUUGUAAGUUGCUACCAAAUUUGAAGAUAAUGAAACUUUGUGGCUUGGAUAACCUAAUCAUGACACCGGAUUUUGAUGGACUUCCAUAUCUUGAAAGAUUAACUCUUCAUGAAUGCCCGUGUUUAGAAGAGAUUCAUCCAUCGAUUGGAAGCUUGGAAAGACUUGUUUUCUUAUCUAUUGUAUUCUGUGUCCGUCUUAAGAUGUGUCCACCCAUUACUCGACCAAAGAAACUUGAGACCCUUUCAUUUGCAUGGUGUAGCAAACUUGUUAAUAUCAUAGAGAUUCAACAUCAGAACAUGGUCAAUAUAGGGCAUCUUGAUUUAGAUAAAAGUGGGAGUAAAGUUGCAUUCGACAUAGAAUGUUGUUUACCUCACAACACGAACCACAUAGGAUUAAGGUUCUUUCACAACUUGCAAGAACUGGGCUUAAGAAAGUUGGAUCUCAGCCGCUGCAAUUUGGGAGAUGAAAACAUAGGUUCUCGUGUUUUGGAGUUGCCUGUCUUGCAAGAAUUAAAUCUAUACGGAAAUAAGUUUUCACGAUUAAAUUUUAGUCGCUUGCGACUGCCCCGACUCAAAUGGCUCAACUUGUCAUGGUGCGAAGAACUUCUAGUAUUGUCACAUCUUCCAUCAAGUAUAUCUGUCGUCAUAACAGAUCAUUGUAGCUCACUUGAAACCUUUGGAGAUAUUUCAAACUGUAAAUGGUUGUGGAAACUCUCGCACUAUGGUGGGUACAACAUUGAUUAUUUUGAUGGUGAGAUAUUACUAGACAUCAUGCUCCAGGGAAAAGCUAUUGAAGAUCACUUUAUAAGUGUCAUUCUUCCACAUCAAACACCAAAGGGGUUUAUAGGUAGGUUCUUUUUGGGGAAAACUUUUACAAGGCGUAUUCGACAUGUUAAGACCGGGUCAAAUAGAGUGCUUGUUCGACCAGAUAGUGAUAUGUUUACACUAUGUCUUCCUUGUGGUUGGUAUAAUGACUUUUGUGGGUUCUUAAUACGCGUUGUUUCCAACGGUAUAAGUAUGGAUAUUGAUAUAAUCAUCACGCAAGAGUCAGAACCAGAUGAAGAAGAUUCUCGAUUUGAAAUUUGGCAGGAUUCUGAUGAAUUACCGGAGCCUGAAUAUGGCGGAAAAGUAAAGACAUAUGUGGGAUACGUUUCUUUUAGUUCAAUGAUGCAGACCAUAUCAUUGAACUCAUCACAUAAUAUUGUUUCAUUUUCCAUUAAGAGUUAUUGGACUUCGUUUGCAGUUGAGCUCGUUCCUAGGAAAAGUCAAUAUGAUCAGGUACAAACAGCAAAAGUCUCAACUAAUUGCUCGGAAUUUUGGGGUGAGAACGAUGCAUAUGGACGAUGCUUUACGACCCAACAUGAUUCGAAGUCUUCCAUCAAGAUUUUAUGGCGACCUUUGAGCUUGUGA